AAGCCUGAUGUGCUGACUAACAAUCCCUGUUCUCUGCCCGUCUUACGACGAUCCCGACACGCAACCUGUCAAGAUAAUUGCAAUUUUGUCUGGCUCUCUUCAUCAUGUCUUCAAAGGCUAGAGAGGCUAUGGAGUUGACGACUCCAUCUCAACUACUGCAUUACCUGCCCACAUACCAGGUCCUAAUCUGUUUAACUUGCCGCUACGCCAUUCAGCCAGGCGCAAUCACGCGCCAUAUGAAGGACAUCCACCAAAUUCAUCGUUCAACUCGCCGGAGCUUUGUUGCCUUUGCUUCGGGAUGCGAGCUGGUCCAGCCUGAGAAUGUUGUCUUGCCCGAUGAAACUCAGUUUCCAGUGCCAUUCUUACCUAUACAAGAGGGAUUUGCGUGCUGUUUCGAGGAGUGUGCUUACCUUUGCGUUACUCACAAGCGCAUGGAGCAACACUGGCGCUGUCUACAUCAUGUUCCUGCUUCUGAUGGGAGCGCUCGAUGCAAGCCAGUGCCACUACAAACCUUCUUCCGGGGCAAUGCCCUCAAAUAUUUCACGAAUCCCGCUCUACUGGCUCCAUCUCCUGCAUCCAAGUUGGACAGGUCCGAGGAAUUGAGAAGCGGUGAACCGCACAGUGCGAUGAGUGACCACACUGUUCGAUUUCGGUCAUUGAACCAGCAUUCAUCUUUGAUCAUCAGCGAUCAAGAACUUCUCGACCAUUACAAAACUUCGACCUACAAGACCCUCGCCUAUAAUACUGAGACAGAAAGAGUGUUUGGGGGGAUUGUCAUUACGCUGGCGUCUCAAUUCCCCUUCUUAAAACAUGGUGUCAUGGCGUGUGCAGCCUUGCACCUUGCGUCUGCUAACCCACUCAAACGCAGAUAUUAUUUGGUUCAAUCGCUACGACACCAAGAUCAAGCCGUCCCCGAGUUUCGCCAGACCACUCUCCACGUAGACCGUGAUAACUCUGAAGCGGUCCUGGCCUUUUCCUUCUUCCUCGUUAUCUGUGCCCUGAACUCCGAGACUGAGGAUCCGCGCCUCUUCCUCAGCGACGGCCACGACCAGCAGCUGCACUGGAUCAAUAUCCUCCGUAAUGGCUGCUCCAUGCUCUGCCCAUUCUGGGACGAGCUCACCGCGGGAUCCUUGGGGCCAUUCGCCGCUCUGUGGCAGGAUAACCUCAGUGUCGCCUUCCACGACCCCUAUGAGGACCCGUUGCUGGCAAUCCUCCUCGCCACAGUGGCUGCCGAGUCACCUAACGAGGUCGACUACGCCGUUUACCACGACGCCGCCGUCCAGCUCAUCGUGGCCUUUGCUUUCCUCCGCCACCGCGGUGCAGCGGCUACCGUCUGGGAUGCGCUCAACGCGUGGCCGAUGCGCGUGACACCUGCAUACCUGGCUCUGCUCCAACAGGAUCGCCCCUUUGCCCUCCUCCUGUUGGCAUACUAUGCGAUUUUGCUGCGCCCCUUCCGCGGCGAAUGGUUUCUGGCCGGGAGGGCAGAGAAAAUGAUUUAUGAGAUCGCCCGUCGGUUCGAAAGAGCAAGCUGCCCAGUUGAGACCUGGGAUUUGUUCGUCGGGAUCCGGCAGGAAUACUUUGCGGAGAACGCGCGUGCGUAACAGGAAGAUAUGUGGCAUUUCAAUCGAUCCCGCAACAGUUUAGUCUGAUCCUAUGUGCUAGAUUACAGCUUGCUGACAAGUGCAAUGUAUCGGGUUUAUAGCUCCAACGAACGUUCUU